AUGGCAAAGAAGGUGGCAGUGAUUGGAGCUGGUGUCAGUGGACUGAUCUCUCUGAAGUGCUGCGUGGAUGAGGGACUCGAGCCGACCUGCUUUGAGAGGACCGAAGAUAUUGGAGGACUGUGGAGGUUCAAAGAAAAUGUGGAAGAUGGCCGAGCGAGUAUCUACCAAUCUGUCAUCACCAAUACCAGCAAAGAAAUGUCCUGUUUCAGUGACUUUCCAAUGCCUGAAGAUUUCCCAAACUUCCUGCACAAUUCUAAGCUUCUAGAGUAUUUCAGAAUCUUUGCCAAAAAGUUUGAUCUUCUCAAAUAUAUUCAGUUCCAGACAACCGUCCUCAGUGUGAAAAAAUGCCCGGAUUUUUCAUCCUCUGGCCAAUGGGAGGUUGUCACCGAGAGCAAAGGCCAGGAGCGAAGUGCCAUCUUUGAUGCAAUUAUGGUUUGCAGUGGCCAUCACAUCCUCCCUCGCAUCCCACUGGAGUUAUUUCCAGAAAGGUUUAAAGGCCAGCAUUUUCACAGCCGCCAAUACAAGAACCCAGAGGGAUUUGAGGGGAAGCGCAUCCUGGUGAUUGGAAUAGGAAACUCAGCCUCAGAUAUUGCCGUUGAGCUGAGCAAGAAGGCUUCUCAGGUGUUUCUCAGCACCAGGCAAGGCUCCUGGGUCCUCGGCCGAAUCUCUGACAAUGGCUAUCCCUGGGACAUGGUGCUCCACACCCGGUUUCGCGCCAUGCUCCAAAAUGUCCUGCCACGAGCAGUUCAAAAAUGGAUGUUGGAACAACAGAUGAAUCAGUGGUUCAACCAUGAAAAUUAUGGCCUUGAGCCUCAAAACAAAUACCUUAUGAAAGAAUCUGUAUUAAAUGAUGACCUUCCAAGUCGUAUACUCUAUGGAGCCAUCAAGGUGAAGACAAGAGUGACAGAGCUCACUGAAACUUCUGCCAUCUUUGAGGAUGGGACAGUGGAAGAGGACAUCGAUGUCAUUGUCUUUGCAACAGGAUAUACAUUCUCUUUUCCCUUCCUGGAAGACUCACUUGUGAAAGUAGAAGAUAAUAUGGUCUCGCUAUAUAAAUACAUAUUUCCUCCUCAUCUGGAGAAGGCAACCUUUGCCUGCAUUGGUCUCAUCCAGCCCCUAGGUUCCAUUUUCCCAACUGUUGAACUUCAAGCUCGUUGGGUGACGAGAGUUUUCAAAGGCCUGUGUACCUUGCCCUCAGAGAGUGCUAUGAUGGAAGACAUUAUCAAGAGGCACAAAAACAGAAUUGACCUGUUUGGAGAGAGCCAGAGCCAGAUUCUGCAGACCAAGUACAUCGAUUACUUGGAUGAGCUCGCCGCAGAGAUAGGUGCGAAGCCAGACCUCCUCUCUCUCCUGUUCAAAGAUCCUAAACUGGCUGUGAAACUCUAUUUUGGACCCUGCAACUCCUAUCAGUAUCGCUUGGUGGGGCCUGGCCGAUGGGAAGGAGCCAAGAAUGCCAUCCUCUCCCAGAAAGAGAGGCUGCUGAAGCCUCUAAAGACACGCACUCUAGAGCCGGCUUCUAACUUCCCAGUUUCCCUCCUGUUGAAAAUCCUGGGGCUUCUUGCUAUUGCUUUGGCCUUUUUUUUCUAA